AAAGGACAUCUGUGUUUUUCAGACGUAUUCGGGUUUGUUCUGCGUGGUGGUGAAUCCCUACAAGAACCUGCCCAUUUACACCGAGUCCAUCGUGGAGAUGUACCGCGGCAAGAAGCGCCACGAGAUGCCUCCUCACAUCUACGCCAUAUCAGAGGCGGCGUACCGCAGCAUGCUGCAAGAUCGAGAAGAUCAGUCGAUUCUCUGCACAGGAGAAUCUGGAGCUGGAAAAACAGAAAACACGAAGAAGGUCAUCCAGUAUCUGGCUCACGUUGCUUCGUCCCAUAAGAGCGGAACUCUGGGCAGGAACAAGGAACCUGUACAGAUGGACGGUUGUCGGUCUCUAACCAGAGGCAGCUCUCUGGCCAGCAGGAGUUUACAAUAUGGUGAACUGGAGCGCCAGCUGCUUCAGGCCAAUCCCAUCCUGGAGGCCUUCGGCAAUGCCAAGACCGUCAAGAACGACAACUCGUCCAGAUUUGGUAAAUUCAUCCGUAUAAACUUUGACGUGGCCGGAUACAUCGUUGGUGCCAACAUUGAAACCUACCUCCUGGAAAAGUCUCGAGCUACACGUCAGGCCAAAGACGAGAGGACCUUCCACAUCUUCUACCAGCUGCUGUGUGGAGCCACGGAUGAAACCAGAGCCGACCUGCUCCUCGGUACUGCAGAUGAGUAUCGGUUCCUCAGCGGCGGUUCCAUCCCGGUUCCUGGUCAGAGCGACUCGGAGAACUUCACCCAAACGAUGGACUCCAUGGCCAUAAUGGGCUUCACCCCCGAGGAGCUGCUCUCCAUGCUGAAGGUGAUCUCUGCCGUGCUCCAGUUCGGAAACAUCUCCUUCAUGAAGGAGAAGAACCAGGACCAGGCCUCGAUGCCCGACAACACGGCGGCCCAGAAGCUGUGCCACCUGCUGGGCAUCAACGUGCUGGAGUUCACCCGGGCCAUCCUGACGCCGCGGAUCAAAGUGGGCCGGGAGUACGUCCAGAAGGCCCAGACCAAGGAGCAGGCCGACUUCGCGGUGGAGGCGUUGGCGAAGGCGACGUAUGAGCGUCUGUUCCGCUGGUUGGUUCACCGGAUCAACAGAGCUCUGGACCGAAGACAGAGACAAGGAGCUUCAUUCAUCGGCAUCCUGGACAUCGCAGGGUUCGAGAUCUUCCAGCUGAACUCCUUCGAGCAGCUCUGCAUCAACUACACCAACGAGAAGCUGCAGCAGCUCUUCAACCACACCAUGUUCAUCCUGGAGCAGGAGGAGUACCAGCGGGAAGGAAUCGAGUGGAACUUCAUCGACUUCGGUCUGGACCUGCAGCCCUGCAUCGACCUCAUCGAGAGGCCGGCUCAUCCCCCCGGUGUUCUGGCGCUGUUGGACGAGGAGUGUUGGUUCCCCCGGGCAACGGACCGGUCCUUCGUGGAGAAGCUGUCGGCUGAGCAGGGCGGCCACCCCAAGUUCUUCAAGUCCAAGCAGCCGCGAGGAGAAGCCGACUUCUCCAUCAUCCACUAUGCCGGAAAGGUGGACUACAAGGCCGACGAUUGGCUGGUGAAGAACAUGGACCCUCUGAACGACAACGUGGCGUCGCUGCUCCACCAGUCGUCUGAUCACUUCGUCUCUGAGCUUUGGAAGGAAGACAUCCAAACUCUUCCUCGUGUCUACUUCUUUGACUCCUAUGCCACUCUGCAGACUAACGGCUCUGACAUGGACCGGAUCGUGGGUCUGGACCAGGUGUCCUCAGGUGAGAACAGUGGUCCGGUGACCUUCGGAGCUGCAGGUCUGAAGACCAAGAAGGGGAUGUUCAGGACCGUAGGUCAGCUCUACAAAGAAUCCCUCACCAAGCUGAUGGCCACGCUGAGGAACACCAACCCCAACUUCCUGCGAUGCAUCAUCCCCAACCACGAGAAGAGGGCCGGUAAACUGUCGCCUCACCUGGUUCUGGACCAGCUCAGGUGUAACGGGGUUCUGGAGGGGAUCCGGAUCUGCAGACAAGGGUUCCCCAACCGGAUCCCGUUCCAGGAGUUCCGACAGAGAUAUGAGAUCUUGACUCCAAAUGCGAUUCCUCGAACCUUCAUGGACGGAAAACAGGCGUCGGAGCUCAUGAUCCAGGCUCUGGAGUUGGAUCACAACCUGUUCAGGGUCGGUCAGAGUAAAGUCUUCUUCAGAGCCGGAGUUCUGGCUCAUCUGGAGGAAGAACGAGACCUGAAGAUCACCGACACCAUCAUACGAUUCCAGAGCGCCGCCAGAGGCUUCCUGGCUCGCAAAGCUUUCAUGAAGAAGCAGCAGCAGCUCAGUGCUCUCAGAGUGAUGCAGAGAAACUGUGCAGCUUAUCUCAAACUCAGGAACUGGCAGUGGUGGCGACUUUUCACUAAGGUGAAGCCUCUGCUCCAGGUGACCCGGCAGGACGAGGAGAUCCAGGUGAGGGAGGCCGAGCUGCAGAAGGCCAAAGACAAGCUGACCCGGGUGGAACAGGACUUCACGGAGCUGGACAGGAAGCACGCCCAGCUGAUGGAGGAGAAGGCGGUGCUGGCCGACCAGCUGCAGGCCGAGGCCGAGCUGUUCGCCGAGGCCGAGGAGAUGAGGGCCAGGCUGGCCAGCAGGAAGCAGGAGCUGGAGGAGGUCCUGGGGGAGCUGGAGAGCCGGCUGGAGGAGGAGGAGGAGAGGGGCGUCCAGAUGAGCAACGAGAAGAAGAAGAUGCAGCAGAACAUCCAGGACCUGGAGGAGCAGCUGGAGGAGGAGGAAAGCGCCCGUCAGCGCCUCCUGCUGGAGAAAGUCACCCUGGAGACCAAAGCCAAGAGUCUGGAGACUGAUCUGCUGACGGCUGUGGAGCAGAGAGACCGACUCUCCAAGGAGAAGAAGCAGCUGGACGAACGUCUCAGCGAGGUGACCGACCAGCUGACCGAGGAGGAGGAGAAGACCAAGAGCCUGAACAAGCUGAAGAACAAACAGGAAGCCGUCAUCGCCGACCUGGAGGAGCGUCUGAAGAGGGAGGAGCAGGGCCGUCUGGAGCAGGAGAAGUGGAAGAGGAGGAUGGAGGGCGAGUCUCUGGAGGCCCAGGAGCAGCUCUCUGACCUGGGGCUGCUGGCCGCCGAGCUGAGGGGGAGUCUGGCCCAGAAGGAGAAGGAGAUCACCACCCUGCAAGGCCGGCUGGAGGAGGAAGGAGCCCGGAGAGCUGAAGCUCAGAGAUCUCUGAGGGAAGCUCUGUCUCAGGUUUCAGAGCUGAAGGAGGAGGUGGAGAACGAACGAGGGAUGAGAGAACGAGCAGAAAAACAGAGACGAGACCUUGGAGAGGAGCUGGAGGCUCUGAGGACGGAGUUAGAAGAUACUCUGGACACCACGGCUGCUCAGCAGGAGCUCCGCUCUCGUCGGGAGGCGGAGCUGAGCGACCUCCAGCGGUGCGUCGAGGAGGAAACUCGACGCCAUGAAGCUCAACUUUCAGAGCUGAGAGUGAAACACGGAUCGGCCAUCGAUAAUCUGCAGGAACAGCUGGACAACAGCAAGAGAGCCCGGCAGUCUCUGGAGAAGGCCAAGGCGGUUCUGGAGGAGGAGAGGCUGAACCUGACGUCGGAGCUGAAGAGCCUCCAGGCCGGUCGGACCGACAGCGAACGAGGACGGAAGCGAGCCGAGGGCCAGCUGCAGGAGCUGAACGCCCGGCUGGUCCAGGCCGACCGGGAGAGGGAGGACCGGGAGGAGAGGCUGCACAAGCUGCAGUGUGAGAUCGAGUCUCUCUCCGGGAAUCUUUCGUCCUCCGACUCCAAAACUCUUCGUCUCUCAAAAGAAGUCAGCAGCUUGGAGAGUCAGCUGCACGACGCCAAGGAGCUGCUUCAGGAUGAAACAAGACAGAAAAUGGCUCUGAGCUCCAGAGUUCGAGGUCUGGAGGAGGAGAAGAACAGCCUGAUGGAGCGUCUGGAGGAGGAGGAGGAACGAGCUAAGGAGCUCAACCGUCAGAUCCAGACCCUCACCCAGCAGCUGGCGGAGCUCCGGAAGCAGUCGGAGGAGGUGAACACGGCGGUGGAGGCCGGGGAGGAAACCCGCAGGAAGCUGCAGAGGGAGCUGGACGGCGCCACCCAGAGGGAGAGGCAGAAAGACGAGGAGAAGGAGAGGGUGGAGAGGCAGAGGGAGAGGCUGAGGGAGGAGAUCGAGGACAUGACGCUGGCCCUGCAGAGGGAACGGCAGAACUGUACGGCCCUGGAGAAGAGGCAGAAGAAGUUCGACCAGUGUCUGGCCGAGGAGAAGGCUGUGAGCGCUCGGUUGGCUGAUGAGAGAGACCGAGCCGAAGCCGACAGCCGAGAGAAGGAAACCAGAUACCUGGCGUUGUCCAGAGCCCUGCAGGAGGCCCAGGACCAGCGGGAGGAGCUGGAGAGGAGCAACAAGCAGCUUCGAGCUGAGAUGGAACAACUGGUGAACCAGCAGGACGAUGUCGGCAAAAACGUCCAUGAGCUGGAACGAACCCGGCGGACCCUGGAGACCGAAGCCCAGAACCUGCGGGUCCAGACCCAGGAGCUGGAGGAGGAGCUGUCGGAGGCGGAGAACUCGCGGCUGAGGCUGGAGGUCACCCUGCAGGCCCUGAAGGCCCAGUUCGAGAGGGAGAUCAGCAGCAGCGAGGAGAAGGGCGAGGAGAAGAGGAGGGCUCUCAGCAAGCAGGUGAGGGAGCUGGAGAUCCAGCUGGAGGAGGAGAGGACUCAGCGCUCGCAGGCCGUCUCCUCCAAGAAGCAGCUGGAGGCUGAGCUGCAGGAGUCCGAAGCCCAGGUGGAGGCCACCGGCCGGGGCAAAGAGGAGGCGGUGAAGCAGCUGAGGAGGCUCCAGGGCCAGAUGAAGGAGAUCCUGAGGGAGCUGGACGAGACCAAACUGUCGAGAGACGAAGUGAUCGCUCAGUCCAAAGACAGUGAGAAGAAGAUCCAAACCCUGGAGGCCGAAGUUCUGCAGCUCUCUGAGGAGCUGUCGGUGUCGGAGCGUCAGAAGCGUCAGGCUCAGCAGGAGAGAGAUGAGAUGGCCGAUGAGAUGGUGAACAGCAGCUCUGGAAGGAACGCUCUGACUGAGGAGAAACGACGUCUGGAAGCUCGAGUCGUUCAGCUGGAGGAAGAACUGGAAGAAGAACAGAACAACUCUGAGCUGCUGGCAGAGAGGCAGAGGAAGACCACGCUGCAGGUGGAGACCCUGACGGUCCAGCUGCAGGGGGAGAGGACUCUGGCCCAGAAGGCCGAGUCGAGCCGGGAGCAGCUGGAGAGGCAGAACAAGGAGCUGAAGACCCGGCUAGGGGAGAUGGAGGGGGCGGUUAGGGGCAAACACCGGCUCAGUGUCGCCGCCCUGGAGGCCAAGAUCGACUCCAUGGAGGAGCAGCUGGAGCAGGAGAGACAGGAACGAGCCAUCGCCAGCAAGCUGAUGAGGAAGACAGAGAAGAAGCUGAAGGAGGUGAUGAUGCAGGCGGAGGACGAGAGGAGGCAUGCAGACCAGUACAGAGAGCAGCUGGACAAGUCGAUGGUCCGUCUGAAGCAGCUGAAGCGGCAGCUGGAGGAGGUGGAGGAGGAGAACUCUCGCUCCAACGCCCAGAAGAGGAAGCUGCAGAGGGAGCUGGAGGAGAUGACGGACAGCAGCCAGAGCAUGAGCCGGGAGAUCACGUCGCUGCGCAGCCAGCUCAGCGUCCCUGAAUGGAGGCCAGACAAACGAGCUCCGUUGCCGUUGGCGAUGCGAGGUCGCAGAGCUCUAGUGGACGAGCUCUCCCUGGAGAACUCGGACUCGGAGGAACCUCCCGCCUCGCCGACGCCGUCCUCCGGCCUGCCAGGAACCCCGACGCCGUCCUCCGAACACAACCUGGAGCCGCCGCCGCCGUACAGCGUCAACAACGCCGAGUGACCACGGAAACAAACAACAACAAACAACGGCCUCUCAGGGCAGACGGAGACACAAACACAUCCAGACGCUUUCACCUGUCAAACAAACCUCUAAGAUUUUGCCUCAUUUUUUUCUCUCGAUGUGUAAAAAAACAAGCAAACAAACUUUUACAACGGGAUUGACUUUUAUUUUGUAACAAACUCUGGAAGUUUCUACUCCUCUGUGAUGCUUUUCUGCAGAGUGAAUUAUCAUCAUCGCUGUUGCUGUGGGAGUUCAGCGACAUGGAGGCAGAUAGAGACGCACCGGAGGCUCAGAUAAGGUUGACUGAUAUCAGGAGGAGUGACACCGACAGAGCAGCAGUUCAUGCAAGCAGCAGCUCUGAGGAUUCGCUCUGAUCUUCAGGUAGAUAUUAUAAGUGGGAGAAGGUCAGAUUUAGAUUACAGACCAACAUGGAGACAACUAGUCACAACAUCUAACCUCCUGCGGCAUCUGAAGGCCAUUAUGACCUCAGAAAGGAAAGAGUCAUUUUUCCUUCACAGCUAUUACUGUUGUUAUUAUUAUUAUUAUCAGACUUAAAAUAAGACGUUUAGUGAAUCUGCUGGAGGUGAAAAUACUUCAGACAAUCUGUCCAGACACCAAGAGACGAUCCUUUAUGGCUCGUUUUGUAAACACUAAGCUGAAUAUUGUGGCAAAAACAAAGGAAUGGCUGCUGAUUAAUAACCGAUAUUUAAUGAGAAGAGCUCGAUGAGGAGCUGUUUCAUAUCCGGAGUCACAGUUAAAGUGACGGCUGAGCUUCGGUUUAAAUCCUUUUCUAUAGACUAGACGUUAGUUGUAGGUUUAGGUAGUUUCUUUACCAUAUCGCUUCAGAGGUUUGUAUAAUUUCUAGCAGAUAUUGGUUGUAAGUUAUUGAUCCGGGCGUGUUCUCUGCAGGAGGAAGCAUGUUUUGUUGACGGGACUUUUUGCAUGAAAGAAAAAAAACAAAACACAAGAAUGGAUUUUCUUGGAUCGACGACAACAAAAGAAGAGAAACGAUGAAUCACUUCCUCUUUUUAUCCAAAGCAGAACGACUUGUGAUGGUUUAAGCGUUUUAUUCUGACGAGCAUCUUGUUCACUGUAACUCUGAUUUUACUGUAAAUUACUGAUCGAUCACAGCUUUGUGUCGGCCUACGGAUGAGCAAAGGGAGUCUGUAGUGAGCGUAGAGUAGCUCCUGGUAGGUGGCUGUAGAAUAAAUAUGCUGCUUCUUAGUCUCGUAGUUUUAGCUUUUAAAAAACGGAGGAACCCAGGAAUGAAGCUUUUUCUUUUCUUUACCCCCAAAGAAACGAAAUCACCUGAACGCAGAAACGUUGAAGAGGCUUCUCUUCCGUUUUCUGCAGCGUAUUUUAUAUUUUUUAAAAGAUUUACGUCGGGUUUUUUUUGUGUUUUGUUUUGGUUCAUAACCUUCUGAUGCCUCUUCAACAGCUGCUGGUCCGUCUGGAAUCAUGGAUUUAACGGGAAUGUUAACAGGAAUUGAACUGGAAGUGGACUGAAACUUGGGAUUAUCUUCAUUGUUGAUUAGUUUCUGCAUGAAGUAAUCAGUUGUUUAGGUGUAAAAUGUCAGAAAAUGUUGAAAAAUGUGGAUCAGAGUUUCCUCAAGUGUCUGGUUUAGUCCAAAGAUCUUCAGUUUACUGUCACAGAGGAAAGAAACCAGAAAAUAUUCACAUUUAAGGAGCUGAAAUCACAGAAUUUAAACUGAUUUUCUUAAAAAAUAACUUAAAUCUCUGAAUCCUCUGCAGUCAUUCCAUGUGACUCCAUGUUUUCCAGGUUUCCUAUGAUCCAGUUGCUGAAGAGAAUGACUACUGAUGGCGUAUUUAAGCCCAAUUAAAGGGUUUUUAUCUUUAUUAUUAUUAUUUUUAUUAUUUUAUCAAGAUGCACAGAUUCUGUUUUCUUUACCUCUAACAGCGGAGAUAAAAGCAGCUUCGGGCUCUAAAUAAUUAAAUCAUCCGGAUACAGUCGGUCUCCGUUGGAAACCAAAAACCUGACGAUCUGAUUGGACGGUCGCGUUCACCUGUAGCCGGUCAGAGGCAGAGCUUCUCUCAGCUGAUUUCUCUGUUUGUUUAUGGAACUUUUUUGGGGGGAAAAUGUGUUUUAUUGUUUUGUUAAUGAAGCUGUAAUUCAGAAACAUGUGACUGGGGUUACCUUUAAUAUAUGUGGUUGGUUUUGA